AGGAGAAGUAGGUAGUUAUUAAUUAACCAUACGUAUCUAUGCUAAAAGUGCAAAAAACAACCUAAGUUAUAUUAUCUUAAAAUUAAGAUCUAAGCUGAAAUUUUAAUCAUGACAUCCCCUCAAGCUUCCAAUGCUGUGGCCCUGCUCCCAAAUGAAGAAUAUGAAACACAAUUCUAUGGCUUCCUUCCCUCAUCAUCUGUGCAAGGAAUGGUACUGAUGAUUGAAGAAAAAAUUGCUGAUGCCAUUGAUGACUUGGAGGAAAGCCUUUCUCAGAUACCUGAGAACAUCCUAAGCAAAGCAGACCUGAGUAAAGGGAUGGAAAAAUUCAAGAGUGUUAUAAACAAGAACACAGAAAAAACUCUUGGAAAACUACAACGUCACCUGCUGGAUGAGGUGCUGCGUUUGCCCAACCACCUACUACUUCCAUGCGAUGCUCUGCAAAGUGAGCCGGCCGACCCUUCUCAGGUGGAAGCAAUGAAGAAUAAAAUUGCCGACUUGCACACCCAGUACAGCAAUGAGCUUUACGUUCAGGCUUCCCUCAAGGCAGAGUUGGAGGUGGGCGAGAAAGUGCUAGUUCAGCAGGAACAGGUUCUAAAUGAUAUUCUUUCGGAGGACUCGAAAUCUGCCUGCUCUUCCUUGAGGGAUAAUCUGCGCUUCAUCCAAGACCAUAGAGCAGAUGAGAUAAAGCUCUUGAACGACGUGCGGCGGCAAUUGUCAUCAAUUUUGUCUGAGGGCGUCGUUGAUGCCGCAAACGUACCCAGCGAGGCCGACGCGCUGCUAUGCAGACUCUUGCCAUCUUAGAGGGUCCUAUAACUCAUAUUUAUAUAUUAAUGAUUGUUCACUUCAUGAGUAUAUUAUGCAAUAUUUGUACAUUCCGUUCUGAGCUUCUUGUUAGACAAGCUAAUGGGCUAAUCCUAUAUUGCGUCGAAAAAUUGUGACUCAAAAUGGGUUUUGUUUCCAUGUAAGUCCUAGAUUUUAAAUAAGUUUCGAUCACUGCUAUGUUGAGCCUUUCUUAAUUUUACUAUCCCCUGCUAAGUUCUAAUAAUGAACAGGCUUGAGCAGUAUGUUAAGUUUGAGAUUGAAAUUUAUAUAAAAUAUUGGACAUUUAUAAUCAUGCGAUAAAGUCUUUGUUUGACAAUAAACUUGCUAGCAUCAGCUGUGGCAAGAUUUGCCUUCAAGUGUAACAUUGGCCCAAAGUUAGAAUUGCUCUGCUGUAGUUUAAUCAUGUAAUCACUGAUGCUACCCAUUCAGUAAUGCACGAGAUAGGUCAAUAAUGCACGAGAUAGGUCAAUAAUGCACGAGAUAGGUCAAUAAUGCAUCACAUGAUCACACUACUUCACAGAAAAACUCUUUGUAGCUUUGAGCAAAUGUUACACUUUAUAGUCUCAUUUCUCCAAUAUUAGAGAACAGUAUAAUCUUUUUCAGGGUCUUGGAAUACUUUUAAAUAUCCCACUUUAUUCGUGUUUUCCUCAGUGUUGCUUAAGUGUCCGUUGAGAUGGAGCAAAAACAACUACUGUAACUGUUAGACCACUUGAUCUCUAAACGGAUUUGACAGAUGCUAUGUUUUUCCCCAUUUUUUUCUUCUUUCGUUGUUUUGCGAAGCAUCACUUUUGCUCUCGUUAGUUACAUUUUUAACGCAACCUACCUGUGUGGUAAACCUGACGCUAAAGAUAGAAAUAAAAACAAAUUUUCUACAAGUUUCAACUUCGUAUCUUUUACGCAGAUAAAUUAAUGAAACGCUU